AUGGCUGGGACCGCGCCUGCACGUCUGGCUCCAGUUUCUGUUGGCGACCCCGGUGGUGCUGUGGGUGGCGCUGCCGUUCUUCAAGCGCGGCUGGGCUUCGGUGGUCAACCGCAGUCCCAACAUGUGGACCUUGAUCGCGCUCGGGGCGGGGGCCUCCUACGCCUUCAGCGUGGCGGCCGUCUGGCGCCGGGCCUGGCCGCACGGGCUGCCCCCGGUCUACUUCGAGGCGGCGGCGGUCAUUCUCAUCCUGGUGUUGGUGGGCCAGAUAUUCGAGCUCUCGGCGCGCGAGCGGACCGGCGGCGCGAUCCGGGCGCUGCUCGACCUCGCGCCCAAGACCGCGCGGCGGGUGACGGACGAGGGCGACGAGGACGUGCCGCUGGAAGCGGUGAAGGUCGGCGACCGGCUGUUGGUGCGGCCCGGAGAGAGCGUGCCGGUGGACGGCGUCGUUCUCGACGGACACUCCGCGGUGGACGAGAGGCUGCUCACGGGCGAGCCGAUCCCGGUGGAGAAAACGGCGGGCGACACGGUAACGGGCGGCACCAUCAACCAGUCGGGCUCGUUCGUCAUGCGCGCCGAGGGGUCGGCUCGGAUACGGUGCUGGCGCGGAUCGUCGACAUGGUCGCCGCGGCGCAGCGAAGCCGCGCUCCGGUCCAGGCCCUGGUGGACCGCGUCGCGAACUGGUUCGUGCCCGCGGUGGUGGUGGUAUCGCUGAUCGCGUUCGUCGUGUGGCUGAUCGUCGGUCCCGCGCCCGCCCUCGCCCAUGCGGUGGUGGCGGCCGUGAGCGUCCUCGUCAUCGCCUGCCCGUGCGCGCUCGGGCUCGCCACGCCCAUGUCGAUCAUGGUGGCAACCGGGCGCGGCGCUCAGGCGGGCGUGCUCGUGCGCGAUGCCGCGGCGCUGGAGAGCCUCGCCAAGGUGGACGUGCUGAUGGUCGACAAGACCGGCACCCUGACCGAAGGGAAGCCCGAGCUGACCGACGUGAUCGCCGCGGAUGACGGCAUGGACGAAGCCGAGGUCCUUUCGCUCGCCGCCUCCCUCGAACGCGGAUCGGAGCAUCCGCUGGCGGAGGCGAUCCUCGCCGGCGCCGAGUCGCGGGGGGCGGUGCUCCAUGAAACGACGGACUUCGAGGCCAUCCCCGGCAGGGGCGUCCGGGGCCGGGUCGCGGGCCGCGCGGUGGUCCUGGGCAAUCUGGCGCUGAUGCGCGUGCUCGAUGCCGACCUCGGCGAGCUCGCGGGCGCCGGCGAACGGUUGCAGGAGGCGGGCAAGACCGUGAUGUUCGUUGCCGUAGACGGGAAACCGCGGGGCUCGUGGCGGCGGCGGACCAGAUCAAGCCCACCACCCGCGAGGCCAUCCGGAUGCUCCGCCGUUCGGGGCUCCCGCAUCAUGAUGGUGACAGGGGACAGCGAGAGGGCCGCGCGGACGGUCGCCGGCGCUCUCGACAUCGAGGAUUGGCGGGCCGAAGCGGUCCCCGAGGACAAGCGGGACAUCGUGGCCGAGUUGCACGCCCGCGGCCAUCACGUGGCCAUGGCGGGCGAUGGCAUCAACGAUGCGCCGGCGCUCGCCGCGGCCGACACGGGCAUCGCCAUGGGGACCGGCGCGGACGUGGCCAUCAAGAGCGCCGGAGUCACCCUGAUGCGCGGCGACUUGAACGGCAUCGUCCGCGCGCGGCUGCUGGCCCGCGCCACCUUGAGCAACAUCCGGCAGAACCUGUUCUUCGCCUUCGUCUACAACACGGUGGGGGUGACCAUCGCGGCCGGCGUCUUCUACCCGAUGUUCGGCGUGCUCCUGUCGCCCAUGGUCGCCGCCGCCGCCAUGAGUCUUUCGUCGCUGUCGGUGGUCGGAAACGCCCUCAGGCUGAGGCGCAUCCGGCUUGGGUGA